UCCUGCAAGGUCGAGGCUUCGGUAAACCAGUUCGGCGCCAUGGCGUCCCAGGGUCGUCGGCGGAGGCCGCCGCGGAGGCCCGAGACAGUGGUGCCGGGGGAGGCGGCCGAGACGGACUCGGAGCUCUCUGCGUCCUCGUCGGAGGAGGAGCUGUACCUGGGCCCCUCGGGCCCGACGCGCGGCCGCCCCACGGGGCUGCGGGUGGCCGGGGAGGCCGCGGAAACCGACUCGGACUCGGAGCCGGAGCCGACCGCCGCGCCGGGGGACCUGCCUCCGCUGGUGGUGCAGCGGGACACGGCCGGGGAGGCCUGGGGCGCGGAGGAGACCCCGGCGCCGGCCCCCGCGCGCUCGCUGCUGCAGCUCCGGCUGGCCGAGAGCCAGGCGCGGCUGGACCACGACGUGGCGGCCGCGGUGAGCGGCGUGUACCGCCGCGCGGGCCGCGACGUGGCCGCCCUGGCCAGUAGGCUUGCGGCCGCCCAGGCGGCAGGGUUGGCGGCCGCCCACAGCGUGCGCCUGGCGCGGGGGGACCUCUGCGCGCUGGCCGAGCGCCUGGACAUCGUGGCCGGCUGCCGCCUGCUGCCCGACAUCCGCGGCGUGCCGGGGACCGAACCUGAGCAAGACCCGGGACCGCGGGCCUAGCGGGAACCCAGAACCCUGGCCUGGCUCUGCGCCCUGGGGGUAGUCCUUGAGGCCUCUGGGACCUGGUCCUGUUAUCCUGUGUAGCUCCCCGCGCAUCUUGCUCUCACCCUCAGGGCGAGCCUUGCCCGCUGGA